UUGAACCAUGCAAUAUAUUGCAGUGUAACCUGACAAAUUGUAUAUAUUGCACGGGACAGAAGAAGUUUUUCUAACAGUGAGGACUCUAUGCAAGGACCCAAUCUUGCUUGUAAUCCGGAGCAGCUAGAAUAUCCCGGCAGAACUGUGACUCCUGAAGCAGAAGCUGAACCUGAUAUUGAGACGCUGCUUUUUACAGAAAGUUCUUCACAUAUUUGUUUUAGAAAAAUCUGCAGAACCGAGAUGUAUCAGAUGAAGCUCUAUAUUCUCCAGCAGGUUCUAUGAACAGAUUUAGAGCAGCCAGGGUAUCCAGGGCAUAAAUGAGAACAUGAAUAUCCAGGGCAUACAAGUUCAACUACAGACCAGCCAGACCAACUACAGAUAAAUUGAGGAAUAAGCAAAUCUUGAGACAGGAGGCGCUGCUCUUUACAGACAGCUCGAUCUAUAGUAGAAAGAGUUAAGGAACAAUAGAUCUUGAUGCAGGGGACGCUGUUCUUUGCAGACAGCUCUUCACAGACCGGUUGCAAGUACAACAAAGGAGCAGCCAUAGUAGCAGAGACACCGGGAGCAGCUCAAGUAGUAAAAGAAACAGCUGGAAAUGUAUGUAGAACCAUCUCAAGAGUACGGGGAUUUAAAGUGAAAUAUUUGUGCACGCCCUAACCAUGGGAGCAAAUGAUAUUUGAUCUCAAAUCCCGAGGAUUUACAUCUGGAUUGUAAUCGAUUUAAUCUAUUAAUCAUUACAUUCGGUACCUUCGCACGUUUGAUGUUUCAUUGUAAGCAUUCAUUUUUUUAUAAAGAAAAGCAUGUUUAAGGCAUAUUGAUCAUAUAGUCCUAUUUUUUAGUGUUUUAUUAUUCACCCACAAUCCAUAUUUUUACAUGUAACAUUUUAAAGUUAUUUUAAUGAUUGCUUGCUUAAUUUUAGAUGUUAUCAACCGUCGAUACGAUCUUGAGAGAGAUGAAGUCCAGAAUAUUAAGAUCAACGCAACACGAUCAGCAGAUCAAGUCAAGAUUGAAGGCAUGAAACCAGUUUCUCCAUGUGAUGAUACAAAAUUUGAUAUCAAGCUUAAAGGGGAUCUGGUGAAGGUGUUCUCUAUACUGGGAGAUGUAAGAAGAGGGAACCUGGUCAGACUAGAACCUAAACAACAAAACCAGUUUGCAGAACAAUUUAUCGGGUUGAAGACUAAAUUGGAUACUGUUCUAAAGAGAAUAAAUGACGAAAAUCCAGAAUCCAUAAAAAUUGAUCUCAUCAGGCCAAACACUGAGGCUGAUGUUUUCUGCAAGGUUGCUGAUUUUACUCUAAAAGGUUUCUAUAUAGGUUACAAACCUAUACUAGCAGGGUCUCUGGAUAGUAUAGAUGUUUACCAAUGCAACCCAGAGCAACUAAAAACUGUUCAGAACUAUACUGGGAGUACACAAGAAUGUAAUGUACCAGUACAAGAAUAUCCUCCAUUCUCUGUUUGCACGGAUCUUGUGUUCACAUGGACUCCAGGUUCUACCGGUGAAAGUUUAGAGGAAGGAACUGGAAUUAAAAUGCUCAAUAAAUUUUACUACGGUGGACUAAGCACGCUUUUGUUGAAAAUACAUUACUCCAACGUGGAUGUAAAUUUGGAGGGUUCUAGUGGAAUGCGUCUAUUCCACAGCAAUGACGACUUAACUCCUGUAUACAAGAUCAGAAUUGGACAUACAGCUGAUCAGCAUCUUGUUGUUAUGCCAGAUAUGGCUGAAUGGAGUGUAUCAAGUAUGUGCUCUAAGUUCUGUUUCACCUUUCCCGCUACCAUUAAUAUCUCCAGGGUGACCCUUCUGGGUAGCCGCCAUACAGACAAUAUGUUUAUCAGGUAGCUUUCUUAAUAACAGG